UUUAUUUCGUAGGAAGAUUGAGAAUCUCCCUAUUUUGCAUUGAGAAUCUCCCGUUCGAGUAGUCUUUACCGCCUUGUUGCGGCCACGCCUCGCCUCUUUACGCCCAAUCGCCUCAUAUUCGCCUUUUAGAUAUUGAUUUAUGUUUAUCCAGUACUUUUUAUUCUGGCUACUUGCGCUUAAAAGGAGAGGAAUAGCGUAAACAAAGAGGAAAAGAACAGAAGGAUCCCCGUUGCAAAAGGUCCCCUCAUGCGUCUGCUGCCACUGGAUUCUUGGAGGAAAAAAAAAAGAAUUGUCCUUCCACGGUGAAUUUGUCAUCAUAACGAGUGCAUAAGGAAACUGUUGAUCAAUAUGACAUCAGUUUGCCCAUUUGCUAAAUCAGCACGACCUGAUGAUGCCUCUCCAAGGAAGUCCAUGGAUAACCAUAGCAGAGACCAGGCUGAACCUGGGGGCAAGGUUAGGAGGGAGUCUGAUGAUUCUGCUAGUGUAUCUCCAAAGUGUCCAUUUGGUUAUGACUCUCAUACGUUUAAGUUGGGCCCCCUAAGUUGUGUGAUUUGCCAGGCCCUUCUCUAUGAAAGUUCUAAAUGUGUGCCUUGUUCACACAAAUAUUGCAAAGCAUGCAUAUCACGCUUCAAGGACUGUCCAUUGUGUGGUGCUGACAUAGAGAAGAUUGAGCCUGAUACAGAUCUUCAGGAUGUUGUCAACCGCUUCAUUGAUGGUCAUGCUAGAAUCAAGAGGCCUCAUGUUAAGACAAAUGUGGAGGAAGUAGGAUCUGAAAACAAAAUUGUGAUAUAUGAAGAUGUUUCUUUGGAGAGGGGUGCUUUCUUGGUACAACAAGCAAUGAGGGCGUUUCGUGCCCAGAAUAUAGAAAGUGCCAAAUCAAGACUUAGUUUAUGUGCAGAGGACAUCCGGGAGCAGCUAGAAAGAUUGGGAAAUACCCCAGAGCUGUGUUCCCAACUAGGGGCAGUCCUUGGAAUGCUUGGUGACUGCUGUCGAUCAAUGGGAGAUUCUGGGUGCGCAAUUUCUUUCUAUGAAGAGAGUGUUGAUUUUCUUUCAAAACUGUCAAUGGAUGACUUGGAGGUGACACAUGCUCUUUCUGUCUCCCUUAAUAAAAUUGGUGAUCUCAAAUACUAUGAUGGAAACAUCCAAGCUGCUAGAUCCUACUAUAAUCGAUCUUUAGAUGUCCGACGUAAUGCCAUCAAAGACCGUUCUGAUGUUCCAUCUCAGGUUUUGGAUGUUGCGGUAUCUCUAGCCAAAGUUGCUGAUGCAGAAAGGAGCCUUGGGAACGAGGAUUUGGCUCUUCGUGGAUUUGAAGAAGCAAUAAAAUGCUUGGAGUCAUUGUCACUGAGUCCCAAAGAGACUGGCCUUGAACAACGGCGCCUUUCAGUGCUUGAGUUCCUUCACAACCAACUUCCAGGAAGCAGAGAUAUGUCCGUCUGAUGUAUCGUUGUUGGGCAAUAAAAUGUGCAACACAUCUUGAAUUUAUACAUGGUCUCCUAGAUUGCUUAGCCUUAACAUCAUACUUGGCAUUUGUACAUGUGGUAUUUCAUUUGAACCGGCAAUACUGGGCAGUGGGCACUAUGUAAUUUCGAAGACGAGCUAAUCUAAUAAAGGAGAACAAUUUUCUUUGUACA